CUGUCCCCUAGAGGUCCCCAGGGGACCUAAGCAGCCAGGAGUGGUUUGGCGCUGCGUCUGGACCGACCUGGAGCGCAGAGGCGGGGCUUUGCAGACGGUCUGCGGCUGACACAGGCUCCCGGGCCGCCGGAGCGCUCACUGCACUCCGGGCGCGCUCUCUGUUCUUCCGCAGCCCGGAGGCUUCCCACUGCAGCCGGCGCCCUAAGGUCAGUGCCCAGGAAGCCAUGGCGAAGUCCAGGGGCCGCCUCUACCUUUGGAUGUGCUUGGCUGCAGCGCUGGCAUCUUUCCUGGCGGGAUUCAUGGUGGGCUGGUUCAUUAAACCAAUCAAAGAAACAGCCACUUCACUGCGCUAUCAUCAGAGUAUACGGUGGAAACUGGUAUCCGAGAUGAAAGCUGAAAAUAUUAAAUCAUUUCUUCGUUCUUUUACAAAGCUUCCUCAUCUGGCAGGAACAGAACAAAAUUUACUGCUUGCCAAGAAAAUCCAAACCCAGUGGAAGAAAUUUGGACUGGAUUCAGCCAAGUUGGUUCAUUAUGAUGUUCUCCUAUCUUACCCUAAUGAGACAAAUGCCAACUAUAUAUCAGUCAUGGAUGAACAUGGAGUUGAGGUGGUGUAGAAUUGUUGAUACUUUUUGUACUUUAUAACUCCAUUUUUUGUGUGUGAAUUAGAAUUUAGGGUCAAGUAAAAGUAGAAAUUUGUUAAUAGUGCAAUGGAAUUCAUAGUUCUUAGAAAAGUUAAUAAGUUGCAAAUUAAUUAAUCAGUGUCUACUAUGAGUUAGACACAGUGUUAGGUCCUGAGGUCAGAAUGAAGACUAGGCCAUGGUUCUUCUGCUUAAAAAAGGUGAAACAGACAUUGGAACACAUCAUUUCAAAUCAGUAUGGUAAGUGCUUUGAAAGAUGUGAUUAGAGUUCUUUAUCUACACAGAAAAGGACCACUCAGUCCAGCCCGGGAGUUAGAGAGGUUUCCUGAAAGGGUUGAUAUGUGAGUCAUGAAAGAUCCUAAGAGGUUAACCACAUGAAAAAGCAAGGUAGGAGAAUUCUAGGCAGAAGAGAAAAUAACUGGCAAAGGUUUGGAGACAUAUACUAGCUUAGUAUUGGAGGAACUUAAGGAUUUUCUGUAUUUCAAAAGUGUAAAAUACAAAGUGGGUCAUGAUAAGAGAUAAACCAGUAUGUAUGUUUUGGGGACAGGUCAUAGAAGAACUUAUGCGCUGUCCUAAGAGCUCAGAAUUCAACUUUAGUCAGUGGAAACAUUUGAUAAAUCCUAAGCAGAGGAAGGAUGUGGCUGGAGAGACAGUUUAGGUGGUUGGGGCAGUGUUUAGAUUAGACCCAGACUCGGCAAGGAGUUAAAGUUGGAGUCUUAAGACAGUAGUCCAAGUAAAAGAUGAUGAAGCCCUGAUUUAGGAUGUUAGCAGGAAUGAGGAAGGGCGAUGGAUUGAAGAAAUAGUUAGGAAGCAGUAUUAGCAGGACCUGAUUAGCGAUCAACUGGAGGAAGGAGGUGAAGACAGAAUUCAGAAUGACUCCUAGGUGUCUGGUGUGGGUGGGUAGCUAGUGCUGCUAUUAACAGUGGUAGGGAAUGCAGAACCAGAAGUAGGCCUGGGAUGAGAGAAGAUAAAUUCAAAUUUUGACAUGUUGACUUUGGACAUCCAAGAUGAAAUCACCAUCAGGUCCUUAAAAUUACAAGUUUGGAAAGCUGAGUUUCAUAAGCAUGUUAGCUAUGGAUAAAAUUUAGAGAGUCAAUGACAUCUUGCAGGAAGGGAGUGUAAAAUGAGGCAAGCAGUGGGCUGGGAGUAAAACGCAGGAAAUGUUACUUAAAUGGAGUUGGAAAAAAAAG